AUGUCAGAAGAGAAACUACCACUUUUAUCUCCAUUAAAUGAAAAUGAUAUUGAAAAUGACUAUAAAGAUGAAAAUUUAAAAAGUGAUUUAGAUAAAUUAUCAAAUGUAAAAAAACAAUCAAUAAUUCAAAGAUUUAAAGAUUAUUUGAAAAAUUCAAUUUCAAAACAAACUGCCACUGUUUUAGUUUAUGUUGUUUUAUAUAUUCUUUCAGGUGUUAUCAAUAGUUUAUUACUAAAGAAGGUAAUGAAUGUAUUUACAAACUAUGGUUUCUUUUUAAAUCAAUUAACAAAUUAUGGAUAUGUUCCAAUUUUUGGAGCUAUAGUACUUUAUAAAAUAUUAUUUACAAAUGAUAUACCAAAAGAUACUAGAUCAUUCCCACAAUGGAAAUUUGUUAUUAUGGGAGCAUUGGAUGCAGUUACAGGUUAUUUUGUAGUUAUUGGCGGUAUUAAAACAACAGGACCUUUACAACAGUUAUUAAAUCAAUCAGUUAUUCCAUUCACAAUGUUAUUAUCUUUCAUUUUCUUAAAAGAGAGAUACUCAUUAAUUCAAUUAGGUGGUGCAUUAAUUAUUAUAGGUGGUGUUGUAGUCUCAUUAAUUCCUUCAUUAACUGGUGGUAACACUAGUGGUAAUAUGUUAUUUUAUAAUUUCUUUUAUUUAAUUUCAAUGAUUCCAUAUGCAUUUUCAAAUGUUUAUAAAGCAAUUGGAUUUUCAACUGUUGAAGAUAUGGAUGUUUGGUAUUUACAAUAUUUUGAUGCAUUAUAUCAAUCAUUAGUUGGUACAGUAUUAUUUCCAAUUAAUAAUUGGUUACCACCACCAUCAGAUAUGAAAUUCAAUCAAGUUAUACCACAAUUAAAAGCAGGUGGAAAAUGUUUAGGUGGUAUAAAUACAUUGAUUGAACAAUAUAAUUCUACAACUGGUGAAUUGUUACCAACAUCUUGUAAUUAUGGUGAUAAUUUAGGUUGUGAUAAUUGUCAUGGUGCAUGGGUGGUUGUAUUGAUUUAUAUGGCUGUAAAUGUAUUAUAUAAUGUAUUCAUUCUAUUAGUAUUAAAGCAUGCUGGUGCAACAGUAUUUUCAAUUGCAAAUACUCUACGUUUACCUUUAACUAAUAUUGCAUUCUCUUUUAAAUUCAUUAUGGGUUCUGAUUCAAAUCCUUUCUCUGGUUUAUCAGUUGCAGGUUUAUGCAUAAUUUUAUUAGGUUUGGGUGGCUAUAGAGUUGGUUCAAUGAUUAAACAAAAGAAAGAAGCAGCUGCUUCUGCCGAUUCUUCAUCUAAUACUGAAAAUAAAGUUAUUCCAAAAGUUUUCCCUACUCAAUUUGGUGAAGUAUCGAUAAUAAUAAAGAAAAAAGUCCCUCCAAAAUCUCAAACUCAUUUAAGAAAUCAAUUCUUUGGUAAAUUAGGUAUUACUGUACCUGAAUCAAAAUUAAGAAAUCAAAAUAGUAUUUAUGGUGAUCAAUAA